AUGGGAGCAUGGAAUGUCAGAGCUACUUUUGUUUAUGCUAGUAACUCUAUUGAUGAAAGAGAAUGCCUAUGGCAUGACCUAGUACAAUUAAAUGUGGACAAUAACUACCCAUGGAUUGGUUUUGGUGACUUCAAUAUGGUACUAAAAAUGGAUGAGAAGAUUGGGGGACUUAUGGGGGCACAGAGGGUGUUAGUUAAUUAUGGAUGGAAUAUGAAACUAGGGGGCACAGAGGCUUUGUUUCUCAAUCCAAGUAUCUUCGACAACUCUUCUAUGGUCAUUACUCUCUGCAAGGGUGUCUCUCGCACCUCGAGACCUUUUCACUUCUUUAACCAUUGGGUGAAACAUCCUACCUUUAUGGGCAUAGUACAAUAUGAAUGGGCUACUCCAUUGAUUGGUAAUCCUAUGUAUAUCCUAACUCAAAAGCUUAAACGUUUAAAAAAUCGUCUCAAAACUAGGAGCAGUGAAGUCUAUAGUAAUGUAUCUGCAAGGAUAGAGGAUCUCAGGAAUCAACUUGCUAUGGUUCAACAAUCACUUGAUUUGCUACCUAUGGAUAGAGAGUUACAAGUCAAGGAAUCAAGCAGAUCUCACGAGUUAUUUGAGGCACUUACUAUAGACGAAUCAGCUCUUAGACAAAGAUCAAGAGGCCUGAUCAAGGACAUGUUGGGGAGGAUGUUAGAAGACGAGCAUGACAUCAAGCAAGAAGCUAUCAGCUAUUUCCAACAACGUUUUGCUCCUCCAGGCCAACCUUCCUCCACUCCCCUUGAGGUCAACCCAUCUAACGUACUCAAUGAUGAGCAUGCUGCUUGGCUUUCUAAUGAUAUCUCCUCAAACGAAAUCAAGAAUGCUCUCUUUAGUAUGAAUGGUGACAAAUCCCCAGGACCUGAUGGUUUAACUGCUUGUUUCUUCCAACAUUCAUGGAAUAUUAUUUGCCCUGAUUUUACUCAAGCUAUAAAUUUGUUUUUUAGAUCUAAAAAGAUGUUGGAUGAAGUUAAUGCUACUGUUGCUACUCGUAGCAUCCUUAAGGCCAAGGGUGAAGCUUCAAAGUUGAUCACUCAUCUCAUCAGCAAUAGUAAUUCUACUUAUCUCUGGCUUAAACCAUGGCAUCCUCGAGGUGUCAUUUGGGAUUCCUUCAGUUGGGCUACUCCAUUGAUUACUAUGGAUAGCAAGUUCGACAAAGUUUCAAACAUUAUCCACAGAAGAGCAAUGGAGGCCACCAGAUAUAUCCAUGGUUCGCCGUCAUAG